GAGAGGGGAGGGGGGAAAUGGAGGAUUUGAUCCCUGUAGUUGCUCAAGUGAUGGUGCAGUUUUUUCUGACAGGCAUGUACCUCAUGACUAAGGUUGCUUAUGCAGAGGGGAUGAGUCCCUACGUCUUUGUCACCUAUAGAUCCAUUACCGCAACGUUGUUCUUGGCACCCUUCGCUUGCUUCUUAGAAAGUGAUAAACGGCCUCCAUUGAACCUAAAAGCAGCUACAGGCAUCUUCCUGCUCUCCAUCUUAGGGAUCGCGAUUAAUCAGAAUUGCUAUUUUGGUGCUCUCUACUACACCUCUUCCACCUUUGUUUCCACCAUUGCUAAUCUCAUCCCUGCCAUUACUUUUGUUAUGGCUCUCAUCCUAAGAUUGGAGAGAUUUGAUAUCAAGACAAUCAAGGGAAAAGCAAAGGUUUUGGGUACAGUUACAUGUGUUGCGGGGGCCAUGAUCAUGACUCUUGCCAAGGGUCCAGCAAUUAAAAUAUUCCAUCACCUCAAGACAAACAAUUCUGUGUUAUUGCUCUUUGGUGCAUCAAAAUCACCAGAAAGUAAUUGGGUUUUGGGGCCAAUUCUUAUUUUUGGAAGUGUCUUAGCUUGGUCUGCAUGGAUCAAUUAUCAGGCAUGGGCAUUUAGGAGCUAUCCAGCUCCACUAUCAUUGACUGCACUUAUGUGCUUCAUGGGCAUUUUCCCGACAGCUGUAAUUGCCCUCCUACUUGAUGAUGUGACAGCUUGGAGAUUGAAUUUUGACAUAAAGCUAGUGUGCUACAUAUACAGCGGUGUAUUGUGCACCGCCUUUCAAUUCUUUAUUCAAAGUUGGUGCAUCAAGAGGAAAGGACCCAUCUUUGCUUCCUCAUUCUUUCCUGUGUGCACCGUUAUAGUCGCAAUCCUUGAGCCCCUUUUUUUCCCAGUUGAUAUCUACAUUGCAAGUGUAAUUGGGAUUGCUUUAGUUAUUGCUGGGCUUUAUUGUGUGUUGUGGGGCAAAGCCAUGGACGUGAAAAUUGGGGGAGGAGGAAGAGAAGACCAGGUUGGGACGAGGUUAUCUCAAGGCCAAGAUGAAGAGGCAUGUCUUUCAGUGAGUUUGAAAGAGCCAUUGUUGAAGUGAGCGAAGGACAAAUUAUUUUGUGAUGUAGAAAGAAAAUCAGUUGAAAAAGAAAUCAAAUAUUCAUUGGAUUGAUUGAAUAUUCCAAAAGGCUUCAAUAGCUCUCUUUAGUAUAAAUGUUCGUUAUGCUUCAAGGUUUAAAGCCGUGAUCAUUUUGCAUGCAUGGUAGAAGGGGAUUCUCUUAAUAUUAUCAACUGGAUGUCCGGAUCUAGUAAGUCACCUUGGAGCAUGAGAAGGUUUUGGUUAGAAGCUCUGGAUAUUUGUCGCAAUAAGGUAGUGGCUUUCAAUCAUGUCUUUAUGGAAUCGAAUGAGAGGGCAGGCUCGCUUGCUAAGGAUGGACUAUUGGGCUCGUCUUUGGUGCUCAAUCCCUUAUCCUUUUAAUUGUUGUAUUUUUCAUCCCUUCACUGUAAUCGUUGGACUGAUUGAGUAAUAAAGUCAUUGUGAUCUUGUAAACAAAAAAAACAAUGGCUUUCUUUAGUAUUCUGACAAUAUUAUUUUCA